ACUUCACUUCUUUCUCACUCAUCAAUCUCUCACCCUUACAAAAAAACAGUCGCAACUCAUUCCAAUCCUCCAUAGCUGUGGUCUUGAAUUGAAUCUUCCAAUUCAAUGGCAAUUAAUUGUAUUUCCAUCAAUAUGUUUCUACAUAUCUUCCUAUUAGUCUCAAUGCUUAUUUUCUCUUCCGGAGCGAGGCUACUCACUGAGUCCUCAUCACAAACCCAACAGCCCAUUCUCUUCGAAUACCACAAUGGUCCUCUCCUCACUGGCAAAAUCUCAAUCAAUCUCAUUUGGUACGGCAAUUUCAAGCCCUCCCAACGUGCCAUAGUCUCUGAUUUCGUUACCUCACUCUCGUCUAACCCAUCCAACAACCAACCCUCCGUUGCCACCUGGUGGAAGGCCACCGAUAAAUAUUACCAGAUUCCCAACUCCAAGAAUAAAGCACCCUUCCUCUCAAUCUCUGCGGGCAAGCAAAUUCUUGACGAGAAUUACUCGCUAGGAAAAUCGCUCACACAAAAACAGAUUGUAGAAUUGGCAUCAAAGGGUGAUCAAAUGAAUGCUGUCAAUGUUGUCUUGACCGCCUCUGAUGUCACGGUUGAUGGGUUUUGCUCCAGUAGGUGCGGCACACAUGGAUCUUCCAAAUCUACCCAAGUUAAGGGCAAGAAUUACAAGUUUGCCUAUAUUUGGGUCGGCAACUCGGAGACUCAAUGCCCCGGUCAAUGCGCCUGGCCAUUCCACCAACCCAUCUACGGACCACAGAGCCCACCCCUGGUUGCACCCAACAACGACGUGGGUCUGGACGGUAUGGUCACCAACCUGGCUAGCCUCCUUGCUGGGACUGCUACGAACCCAUUUGGAAAUGGCUACUACCAGGGACCGGCGAGUGCACCCCUGGAAGCUGCAUCGGCUUGCCCUGGGGUUUAUGGGAAUGGGGCCUACCCGGGCUAUGCUGGGGACUUGUUGGUGGACCCUACGACCGGUGCUAGCUAUAAUGCGCAUGGUGAUAAUGGGAGAAAGUACUUGCUUCCUUCUUUGUAUGAUCCCGCUACAUCGUCUUGUUCGACACUGGAUUAAAAGAAUAGAGAUAGUAAUAGGUUAUAAUUAAAUAUAUGAAUAUUGAAGAUACAAAUACUGUAAUAGAUUCGUUCAUUCAUUUGAUUCUUUUUGACAUUCAACAAUAGAAGAACAAUUUUUUAAUUUAUAUA